AUGCGGGAGCUGUCGUGCUUCGGCGACAGCUCGGUCGGCAUCGCCGCCGCGGCGGCGGCGGCGGCUGGCUGCGACUCCGGCCGCGGCGCGCUCGAUCGCUCGCUGCAGGCGGCGACCACGACGGUGUACGGCACCUCGCUGCACUCCGGGAAGGAGCUCCUCAUCCGGGUCACGUGGACGCGGAGCGCCGCCGGAGCCACCGGCCUCGCCGUCGCCUUCGACGACGCGCUCUCGCCGUCGUCGAGGUGCGCACACCACGUGCUGCACAAGAAGCGCGGGAGCCGGUCCUUCGCCACCGCCAGCGGCGGCGGCGCGGCGGUGGGCGUCCACUGGGACACCACCGAGGCCACGUACGCGUCGGAUUCGUCCCCGGAGCCCACCGGCGACCGGCGCGAGCAGCUGCGCGGCGCGGCGGCGGCGCACACGACGCGGUGCAGGUUCCGGGAGGGCGGGGCGGAGCACGAGGUGGCGGUGCACGCGAUCCGCGGCGGCGAGGGGGAGGUGCUGGUCAGCAUCGACGGGAAGAGGGUGGCGGAGGUGAGGCGGGUGGGGUGGGGGUUCCGCGGCAACCGCGCCGCCGUGCUCGCCGACGGCGAGGUGGUCGACGUGAUGUGGGACGUGCACGACUGGUGGUUCGGCCGCGGCAAUGGCGGCGGCGGAGCUGGAGCUGGGGCGCAGUUCAUGGUGAGGGCGAGGGCGGAGAAGGAGGGGAGGCUGUGGAUGGCCGACCAGCCGCCGGCGAUGGGUGGCUUCUUCCUGCAUGUGCAAUGCUACCGCCGGUGA